AUGGAUAAUAUAAAAAUUUUUUGGAUAUGCGGAAUUUUAUUAGUCCCAGUUGUGAAUCCCACCCUACAGUACUCGAUAAUCAGCGACAAUUACUUUGUGGAGGCGCAAAACAGCGGGGAUGUGGACUUGUUGAGCACGUAAGCAAGGAUAAUAUAAUUUUUUUUGAUAAAAUGGAAAAUUCUCGAAAUAGUUUGAUGGAAUUGAAGGGUGGAGAUUUAUGAAGACGUUUCAGAUGUUUUUAGCACAUGGUUUGCAAAAAAAACUGAUUUUUUGACAAAAAUUUUAAAAUUUCAAAAAAAAAUUUUUUUUGAAUUGUGAAACCCAAAAAUUGCAAGUUUUUUAGAGUGGGGAGUACAAUGUUUUUCUAUAAAAAGAGUUUUUUUUGUAGCGAAAUCCCGGGAGAAAUACCCUAAAAACCAUUUUUUUCUUUCACCGUCUCCUCAUUUUUCACACUCUCAUGAAUCGUUGAAUAUCUCGGCUCACGCUGUAAGAAGAUUGCUAAAAUUUUUAGCGAUUGAUUUGAAGACCAUUUAGAAGGUCUAUGCGAAAUUUGAGAAAAAUCGGGCGAUUAACUUUCGAGAAAUUGACAUUUGAAUCUAAAGUAAUAUAAAUUAAUGAGGAACGUCUUCAAAUGGGGGGAAAAGGACGAUUGGGGAAUCUGAAAAGUAUUAUUUUUCUUCGUUAUUCUAAUUUCGAUACCUACAUCCAAGAAAAAUAAUACUUUUCAGUUCCCCAGUCGUCUUUUUCCCCAUUGACGACAUUCCUCAUUGAUUUAUAUUACGUUAGAUUCAAAUGUCAAUUUCUCGAAAACCGUUGGCCCGAUUUUUCUCAAAUUUCGCAUAGAUCUUCUAAAUGGGCUUCAGAUCAAUCGCUAAAAAUUUUAGCAGCCACCUUGCAACAGGCGCCGAGAUAUUCAACAAUUCAUGAGAGAGUACGAAAAAUGAGGAGACGGUCAGAGAAAAAAUUGUUUUUUAGCUGUUUCUCCUUGGAUUUCGCUCCAAAAAUAAUCUUUUUAUAGAAAAACAUUGUACUCCCCACUCUAAACAACUUGUAAUUUUUGGGUUUCACAGAUCAAAAAAAAAUUUUUUUUGAAAUUUUAAAAUUUUUGUCAAAAAAUCAAAGUUGUUUUGCAAACCAUGUGCUAAAAACUUCCGAAACCUCCUCAGAAAUCUCCACUCUUUAAUUCCAUCAAAAUAUUUCCGGAAUUUUCCAUUUUAUCAGAAAAAAAUUAUAUUAUCCAUGCUUAGAUAAAAAUUCAAACUUUAGAUGCGCCGGGACCUACUGCAUGGACCAUGCGGGCUGCCAGAACUGCGAUUUCCCCCCGGACUGCAAGUACGGCGAAGAAGUGCAAGUGAAUUGCACCGCCAACUCGAUCUGCCUCUCUCCAGUCAGCGCCAAAAUCAAAGCCAAAUGCCGCUUCUGCUGGCAGAUCGAAGAAGACGAACAGGAAUGCGAAGAGACCAAACAUUGCAUGUCUUGGGACACACGGCCCGUGAGGACCACCUGUAGAGCAAAACCCACCGUCUAUUGCAUGGGAAGAAGGGUCUUCUUCAAGAAUGUGAGGUAAGGAUUUUGGAGGAGGUAUCAGAUGGGGAAAAUUUGGAUUUUUUGAAGGAAGAAAGGAUUUGGUGGAGUGAAAGGGGUUGAUAAAGGUGUUUUAUGAUAGAACGAGUGAUUUAGGAAAGUUUUGGGAGGUAAAAUAGAAAAAAUUUAUAUUGUAGUAGGUAUCAGAUGGGGAAAAAAAUUUGGGAUUUUUGAAAGAAAAAAAGGUUUGGUUGAGCGAAAUUGGUUGAUAAAGGCAUGUUAUAAGUUGACAAGGGAUUUGAAAAAGUUGUGGGGUUAAAAUGGACAAAAUUUAUAUUGUAGUAGAUAUCAGAUGGGAAAAAAUUUGGAUUUUUGGAAGAAGGAAAAGAUUUGGUGAAGUGAAAUGAGUUGAUAAAGGUGUUUUAUGAUAGGACAUUUGAUUUGAAAAAGUUUCGGAAGUUAAAAUAAAAAAAAUUAUAUUGUUGUAGGUAUCAGAUGGGAAAAGUUUGGAUUUUUGAAAGAAAUAAAAGAUUUUAUUGUGCGAAACGAGUUGAUAAAGGAAUUUUAUGAUAGGACGAGGGAUUUGAAAAGGGUUUGGAAGUUAAAAUGAACGAAAAUUUAUAUUGUAGUAGGUGUCAAAUUACAGUAGCUCUCAAAAUGCUGAGUUUCAGAUGCCGCUGGUCGAAUGGCUACAGUUGGUCGAAAACCCUCUUCCUCUCGGUGACCUUGGGCGGUUUUGGCGCGGAUCGCUUUUAUCUUGGCCUAUGGAAGAGCGCUAUCGGCAAAUUGUUUAGCUUCGGAGGUCUUGGGGUCUGGACUCUAAUUGAUAUUGUUUUGAUCGCCAUUGGCUACGUGGGUCCUGCCGAUGGCUCGGAAUAUAUUUAA